AUGGGCCACGGGAACGUGUCGGCCCUCGCUGAAUUCUUCCUCCUGGGCCUCUCCACUCGCCCGGCCCUGCAGCCCCUGCUCUUUGCUGCCGUGCUGGCCUCCUACCUGGCCACCGUCCUGGGCAACGUCCUCCUGGUGUCCCUGAUCCUCUUGGACGGCCGGCUGCACCGGCCCAUGUAUCGCCUGCUGGCCCACCUGGCUCUGCUGGAUGUGUCCUACGUGAGCACCACCGUGCCCCAGGCCUUGGCACACAUGCUGGUCCCGAGGCCGGCCCUCCCCUUUGGCCGCUGCGGGGCUCAGCUCUAUGUGGCCCUGUCUCUGGGCAGCACCGAGGCCAUCCUCCUGGCCUCCAUGGCUGUUGACCGCUGCCUGGCCGUCUGCCGGCCCCUUCGCUACGCCGCCAUCAUGACGCCGGGUCUGUGUGGGGGUCUGGCGGGUGGCGCCUGGGCCCUGGGCUUCCUGCUCUCUGUGCCCAACGCUGCUGCCGCUCUGCGCCUUCCUUACUGUGCCGGGCGCCCACCCAUCGACCAUUUCUUCUGUGAACUGCCGGCAGUUCUGAGGGUGGCCUGUGCCGACACAGCCCCCAACCGGGCCCUGGUCUAUGCCAUGGGUGUCCCCAUCCUUCUGGGGCCCUUCGGCUGCAUUCUGGCUUCCUACGGACUCAUCCUGGCUACAGCCCUGCGCCUGCCCUCUGCCCGGGGCCGCAGCAAGGCCCUCUCCACCUGCGGGGCCCAUCUGGCUGUGGUUGGCCUCUUUUAUGGAACCGUCAUGGCCAUGUACCUGAGGCCCCGGGGGCCCACCCCGGCCGGGCGCCACAAGCUCACUGCGGUCUUCUAUAUCGUGGUCACUCCGCUGCUCAACCCCCUCAUCUACAGUCUGCGGAACAAGGACGUCCACCGUGCCGCGAGGUACGCCGUCGCCCGCCUCAAGGGGAUGAGGGCCCAAGUCACAGACCCCUAG